UGGAAAAAGUCAAGGGGUCUGAAUACUUUCCGAUGCGCUGUAGUGUCAUAGAUUUACAUACAGAAUAAUAUGAAAUGCUCUGAGACCAGGUUGCUAUUGAAAAGCACAAUAGAAAUAAAGUUAACUACAUUGUAUCCUCGAGCUACAUCUAUUGUUACAAAAUGUUAAUUGUGACACCUCUGAUUAUGACCUUAUGACCCAGAACUGCGUUGCCAUGGAAACGGGGCGCAUUGCUAUGAAGGUUCGUGCUCGUGCCCCUGUCAAAAGAAGAUACCAAUAGCAAGUUAGCUUGUCAGCUGGGCUAGCUAAAUACCACUUGUAGCCUACAAAAAGGUAAUUAAGAAUGCAAGUGCAACUGAUUAAUUUGUCAAUUAUUGAACAGCUAAUAAGGAAUUUCUUAACUUUUAGCUUUUGCCUUUGGCCAAUUUUAUUAUUUUUCUGGUCAUUAUUAAAGCAAGGGUGAUACAGUAGCUAACUAGCUAACGUUAUUUAACUAGCUAAAAAUGCAAAUUUUUCCAAAUGAAUAUGAAAUAUCCAAGCCUAUAGUAGCUAGUUAACUUCUAGCUAACUUUGGAUAACAUUAUUUUUGCAUGUAAUGAGUGCUUGUCAUGUCAAUGAUGGAUAACAAUUCAACAACAACGUUGAGUAUUGAAAAUGUCCAGAUUAUUGGUCUAUGUGAAAAAUGUUAACCUGUAUGUAUGGUUUCCGUAGAUUGAACCAACCGGUUCAUGACAUUACAGCGCAGUCAGUCAUGUCCAGACUACAUCACCUGUAUGGCCUGUUGAGGUACCUAAUGAUGUUACUCAGUGGCAUCAUAUUUGUAAGUGCACCGUUUUUUUGUGUGCUUUUGGUGGGGGUUUAUCUGUAGAUUAUACCAUAAAAGGCUAUUAGGCUGGACCUCAAUCAAACCCGCACUGCAGAACGAUUACAUUCACUACAACAUGUAGGUUGGAGUGAAAGUUCGAUAGAAUCGUCAGACCACAGGGAAUCCGAGAAUCUCCAUUGAAUCUCCAUGGUGCCACUUUUUAGGAUGUCAAUAUAAAUGAAUGUAUUUAUGGUUGUUUGUAAAUUUGUCUUCCCUUUGAGUCAUUAUGUGUUCUUGUUUUUACCAUUGUGGACCACUUUGGAAACAAGCGUUUUAAUUAAUACUUUCAAGUGAUAUCCUCUGGGUCCACAUUGUACGUUUUGUUGUAUAUGUCUGUUACCCCAAAUACAUUCAAUUCAAAUAGCUUUUUAGUCCAAUACUUAAUCUGUUCUAGGAAACUGGCCCUAUGUGUUACAGAUGGUAUGCUCAGGAUUGUCCAACGUUUUAAAUUCCAUAUAGUUUAGUUGAGGCCCUGCAUUCAUUUCAGAAUCUAGUUUGAACAACUCUUAGCCCACAUCUACAGUAAAUGUUGGGGAAAACACGAUAAUGAUGCAUCAAUAUGAUCAAUCUCAUGUUAAUUCACCCAAUCAGAAUGUCCAAUGUCAAUACACUCUCUCAAUACCCUCAAUCUCAUGGAUGCGCAUCUCAUUCUCUAACCCAAUAUGGACCAGUUCCCCCACGGGACACCGUCUUCAAUCAGAAGGUCCUACAAUCUAGUCAUUCUAACUCUGGUCCAUCUCUUCUCUCAUCCAGGUGAAUCCAUUCUAGUCAUUCUAACUCUAUAGUCCAUCUCUUCCCCCAUCCAGGUGAGUGGCCUUGUGCUGUUUGGCCUAGGUGUGUGGAUCAGGUACGGAGCGGCCACCUUUGUCCAGGUGAUGGGUUCUUUCUCGGCACAGCUGGUGACCAUCAGCUAUGUGUGUAUGUGCCUGGGGGCCAUCCUGUCUCUGCUGGGGUUCAUUGGUUGCUACGGGGCCUGGAGCGAGAACCGCUGCCUCAUCAUGCUGUAUUUCUUCAUCGUGUCAAUGAUGUUUACAGCUGAGGUUACUGGGGUUAUUUUCAUCUUGGUGUACAAAGAUCUGGUGGAGGUUACGAUUCGUGGAGCUAGUAAGGACUCUUUGCGGAUGUCCUAUAUGGGACCAACGGCUGCAGACCCCAUAUCAACAGCCUGGAACACCAUCAUGGUCCAUUACAAGUGCUGUGGCUUUGACAACUCCACGGCUGACUUCAAGAACUCUGUGUUCAGUGCUAACACUGGCCUGUUGUACCCCAAGACGUGCUGUGUUGACCUGACGAGCAGCGCCUGCGACGGCCUCGACACCACCCAGGGCCUGAUACACCCAAAGAGCUGCAUUACCAAACUGAUCAAUGUGAUCCAGGACCAGAGCGUCAUCUUUGGCUCCACCGCUUCUGGCAUCUGUGUCAUGGAGAGCGUUCCCAAGAAUGGCGCGAGCCGGGACUUUGAAUCAUCCGGUAACGGUCCAGUCGACGAACAGGAGUCUAUUCGGGGAACGGUCAAAGUAGUCAAACUCAACCCCAAUAACCUGGGUCUGUCGGGUCUUUUUAGACGAGGCGGGAUUUCCCCCCGAGGUGCGCCCGGUCCGAGGAUGCCUUUCCCAGCCUUCUUGUCCACGGGUCGCCCUGGCCCUCCUGCGCUCCCUGCCAAAGCAGCUGCGGUGCCUCUGCAUCCACUGUCACAUCUGCACCACGACAGUCAGGGCAAUGGCGGGGUGGGUAUGAAGAAGAGGCAGGGAUUUGAGAUGUGGCAGAGGGCCAUGGAUAAGAGCGACCACAGUAAGACCAUGUCCAUGUCGCUGCCCCUCAGUCUGAAGGACUCUGCCAACAGACAGAGCUGCGCCGCGGUGCCUUUUACUCAGCGGAUAACGUCCGAGGGCUGCAACGCGGUGACAGUCCACAACAAACUGUGCUUCGGUCAAUGCAGUUCGCUGUUCGUCCCGUCUGGUUGGGAGUCUGCCAGGCUGACCGGUGCAGGGGGACACCGCCGUGCGCCCUGUUCCCGUUGCGCUCCAUCCAAGGCCCACACGGUGACCGUGCCUCUGCGCUGUGGGAUGGAGGUGCGGGAGAAGCGCGUGAUGGUGGUGGAAGAAUGCAAGUGUGAGACUGGUCGCGAGGAGGGGAAUAUCGAGGCUGUGGCCUCCAUGCACUUGUAACUGAAGAUACUGUAGUUUAAGGGCGACAUUUUCCUAGUGCAAAAGCUCUGUGCGAAUUAGAAAACGCCCACUGCGAGAUUAUAAUGAAGUUUACAGUAUUUUUUGCACAUUGCAACGCAACAUUUUUGCACUACGAAAAUAUAGCCCUAAAUGCUUGUUUCCCCCCUCACAGCACCUGCUCUAGCCUAUUUUGAUGACUCGAUUAAUUGUUUUUGGACAGAAAAUAUUUCUAUUGUGAUGUCAGAUGUGGACAUUGAUUAUGUGUAUUGUAUGUGUGAGUCUGAAUUUCUAAUUCAGAGAAAAACGAUUUGGAGCCAAGUGCCACCAAUGAUUGUUGACAAGUGACUAACAUUUUUAGUCAUGAACAUUUCUGUUCAACCCUAUGGCAGAAUGAGUCAUCCAUUCUGGACAGUGUAAUAAUGUUGAAUAACUUGUUUAGUUUCAUCUGAACUGAACUGCAUUUUGUUUUUGUGAAAUAAAAAUGUC